AUGGAAAAUCAGACCAGACUGACUUCUUUCAUUCUCUUGGGAUUUCCAGGCAAUUUAUCAGUUCAGAUUUUCCUCUUCUUCGUAUUUGCUUUGAUCUAUGUAAUCACUUUGGUUGGAAAUAUGAUGAUUAUGGUGGCAAUCAAUGUAAAUCACCUCCAUAGCCCUAUGUACUUCUUUCUAAGUCACCUGUCUUUUCUUGAUAUCUGCUUUUCUUCCAUCACUGUACCUAAGGUGCUAAUGAAUUUGACUAUCAGUCAAACAAUUUCACAUACAGGCUGUAUCACUCAGAUGUUUUUUAUUCUUCUGACAGCAUGCACUGAAAUUUUCCUACUUGCAGCAAUGGCUUAUGACCGGUAUGCUGCUAUUUGCAAGCCGUUGCAUUAUGAACAGAUUAUGAACAUAGCAUUUUGUAGAUGGUUGGUGGGUGGUGCAUGGACAAUGGGUUUCUUUUAUGCUCUAAUAAAUACAUUCCCUGUUUUGAAGCUAGCUUUCUGUGGACCAAAUAUUAUCAGGCAUUUCAGCUGUGAACUUCCAUCUCUACUUGCCUUAUCUUGCACAGAAACAUUUGUGAAUCAGAUUACAUACUUGAUUGCUUGUUGUUCAGUUGGUGCUUAUUCAAUAAUUGUUAUUCUAGUGUCCUAUACCUACAUCAUUUCCACUAUCCUGAAACUGAAUUCAACAGAAGCCAAAAGGAAAACCUUCUCUACUUGCAGUUCCCAUCUUAUGAUUGUGAUUUUGUAUUAUAGCACUGGCUGUUUCAGAUACCUGAGACCCAGCUCAGCCUCCUCAGUCAUCAUUGAUGAAUUGUUCUCAAUUCAGUACAACAUUUCAACCCCCAUGUUGAACCCCCUUAUCUACAGCCUGAAAACCCGAGAAGUGAAAGAAGCUAUCAAGAAACUAAUGGGCUACAAAUCCUUGAUUUCUCAUAUGGUAUAA